AUGCCGGCCAAAAUGAAUGCAAAGGCAGUGGCUGGCCGCGCCCGCAAGGCGGAAGCGGCUGAGCGCAAGGCGGCCGAGGCUGCGGCUGCAGCCGAGGCGGAAGAAGACGCCAAGUGGCAACAAGGUGCCAAGGGCAAGUCGGCGGCCGAUAAACGCAACGAAAAGGCGGAAGAAAAGGCACGCAAGAAGGCUGAGCUCCAGCGCCUCACCGAGGAGGACGAUGCCAACACGCCCGGCAAGCGUGGUGGUGGCGGUGGCGGUGGCGGUGCCAAGGGCGGCAAGGGCGGCGGCAAGAACAACGGUGCCCUCAACGACCUGGACAUGCAGAUUGCCGCGUUUAACGCGUCGAGCCUCGAUGAUGCACUGGACGCUAUGGAACUGGUCAACGCCAAGUCGGACAAGGCGAGCCAGGGCGCAGCGGCUGGCGGCAUCGAGAAGCACCCCGAGCGCCGCUUCAAGGCGGCGUUCGAGGCAUUCAAGGAGCGCGAAUUGCCCAAGGCUAAGGAGGAGCACCCUGGCUUGCGUUUCCAGCAGUACCAGGAUCUCUUGUACAAGCAGUUCCAAAAGUCGAAGGAGAACCCCUUCAACCAGGUGCACGUAUCGUACGAUGCUACAAAGGAGGAAAAGCUGGCGGUUCUCAAGGCCAAGCGCGAUGCAAUGGCAGCUCGGUUAUCAUAG